CGCUAGUUGACUUCCUAGAACAGCACGAUGCCCUUAAAAGCGGAAAAUUUAGUAAUAAUUUUACUUUUAAAGAUGCCCAAAAAUUGUGGGAGGAAAUUACAGAAACCCUAAAUAGUAUACCAGGGACCAAAAAAGAUUGGCGAUAUUGGAGAAAGGUAAAUUUUAAAUACAUAUUUUUUUAAAAUAUAUACUUAAUUGACUUUUAUUUUAGACCAAAUGUCGAACAAAAUGUGUCGAAUUCGACAUUUGUCGAUGGAAAUUGUCGCACAACUUAAAAUUGUAGUAUUCUCGAUUGGUUUCGUCUUCCAAAUCGUAUGAGACAUAUUUUGUCGAAUAGCAUGAGCUGGCAACACCGAAUUAACUAUUCUCAAAUAAGUUCUGUGCCAGUGUGACAUGUGUGGUGGGUUUUAAGUAGGUUAUGUUAAUUACGUUUAAAUGAUGGCAGUGGAAGAAAAAAAAAGUUAUUGUACCCAAUCACAAAAAGAAACUCUCAUCAACUUGAUGAGAGAAAAAGAAAAUGAACCAAUUUUAUCUGGCAAAUUUUCUGCAACAUUUACUUUCAAAGAUGCUAGAAGUAAGCGGCAAAAUAUUGCCUCAAUUUUAAAUUCAGCCCCAGGUGCCUCUAAAGAUUGGAAGCUAUGGAAAAAGAAAUGGCAAGAUCUUAGAUUUAAAGCAAAAAAAAAGAAGUCCGAUCAAGUUAAACAUGCCAGAGGUACUGGCGGUGGGCCACCACUUGACACGAAGUAUGACACAACAAACGAACUCAUAUUGAGCACAAUAGCACCCACUGCAAUAACUGGUUAUAUGAAUGUAAAUGAGACACCUAUAGAUUUUCAGUUUGCAUCCAUUGAUGAAAAGGAUGAACCGACCGACAUGAAUGAAGAAUAUGUUCAAGGUGAAGCAAAUGAAAUUGUCCUUGAUGACCAUAUUUAUUCAAAAGAAAAUAUUGUGCCCUAAUCAUCCUCGAAUUCAAAAAACAAAAGGACCGUAGCUAGUCAGCGGUUACAUACUAGUGCUAUUGCAGCAACCACUCUUGUUGAAGUAAGUCGCAGUACACUAGAUGUGCAAAAGGAG